UUUGACAGUUCGGGUUGUUCACUACGCAAACAGGCAGGCUGGUCGUCGGUCGGCAAAGAAGCGUGAUACACGGUGUGUAAAUAUAAACAGAGCGCCAUUCACUUUGUAUCGCAAAUCAGCGAUGGUGCAAUUUCAAGCUCACCUGCAAAAUCUACACUAACGCAGUGUAUCGUGGCGUGUAAUUUAUCUGCUGCAGCUUUACACACACGCAGAGGUCAAAAGAACGUGCGUGGUGCAUUUCAGUGCGAUUGUAACCACGUGAAGUGCUUGCACGCUUUCAGCAUUCGUCGCAGCAACAAUGCCUAACGAUGAUGACACGCCGAACGGUGUUGGCGCUCCGAAAGGUCAACAGUGGAUACCAACCAGUCUCAUCGAUGGUCACGGAUUGGACGAUGGAUUAGCGAUCGUGCUGCUGAAUCGACCAAUCCUGCUGGAAAAACAUUUCUUUACAACAAUAUGGAACGGUGCUAAGGUGCGAGUCGCGGUCGACGGUGGUACGAAUCGUUGGGUUGACUUUGUGAAGGGCAACAUUAAUGGUGAACACCUGCUAAAACCUCCCGAUCUCGUGACGGGUGAUUUCGAUUCAUGCAAUCAGGAGGCCAUGCAGUACGUCGAACAGCUAAAGUGUACGAAGGGUUUUUUGUAUCUCACCCAACAGAUCGUCCACACGCCCGACCAAAAUGCAACGGAUUUUACCAAAUCGCUGAAAGUGCUCAAAUCGCACGGAUACGAAAAGAAUGUAACGCGCGUACUGGCACUGUGUGAAUCUUCCGGACGGCUCGAUCAGAUAAUGGCCAACAUCAAUACACUCUUCCUCGCCCAAUCCAUUCUGCCCGGUGUGGAUGUGUUUCUACGGUCGAGUAAUUCACUGUCCUGGUUGCUGCGACCCGGUGAGCAUAGUAUCGACAUUCCGCAGCGUCUCGUAAACGAACGGAUCUGGUGUUCACUUAUUCCGAUCGGUCAGGGCUGCGUAUGCACAACCGAAGGACUCAAGUGGAAUCUAGACGGCACUAGAUCACUACAGUUUGGCAGUAUUGUAAGUACCUCUAACACCUACUCGAUGAAUCGGGUACGUAUCACGACCGAUGGUCCGUUGCUAUGGUCGAUGGGAACGACACCGAAGGAUAUGUGAUAACGGUUGAACGUGUUGCGUCGGGGAGAUGCAGAUUUAUUGUUGACUUUGGUGAAAACUUACGACAUAUUGUGGCAAAGCCCCAGGCUCAUCACCGUCCCCGUCCGGGACGUUAAAAAUAAUAAUAGAAAGAGUUUAAAUAUAGGAAGAAGGGCUUAUGGUUGCAUUUUAGAAGCCGCUACAAAUCGUUUGGCAUAUGUUCCUUGGCACUACAAACACUCACAGACACAUCUGCUGCCUGUGUGUAUUAAAGCUCUGUACAGUGUUGUAAACUUAGAAGCGUGAUAUAAACUGCCACACAGUUCAAAUUUUAAUCACAUCACUUGCAAUUAAUCGUUCCGGUGGAAGUGAAAUAAAAUCGAUUUGUCUGUUACAGAAAUCGAGUAAGGUAUAAACCAGUA